ACGUGGCUUACCAGAUGCGCACCAAAACCAAAGAGGAGUGUGAAGGACACUACAUGAAGAACUUCAUCAACAAUCCUCUGUUCUCCUCCACUCUGCUCAAUCUCAGACAGAUGGAAGAUCAUCUGUCCCGGACAGCAGACACAGCCAUUCCCUUUAAGCCCACUGAUGAUCCUCCAAGGCCUUCAUUUGACUCUCAGCUGUCCAGAGAUAUGGCUGGAUACAUGCCGGCUCGAGCAGACUUCAUGGAGGAGUUUGAUAAUUAUGCUGAGUGGGAUUUGAAAGAUAUCGACUUUGUUGAUGAUGACUCUGAUAUUCUUCAUGCACUGAAGGUUGCAGUAGUUGACAUAUAUCACUCCAGACUUAAAGAGAGACAGCGGAGAAAAAAGAUCAUUCGAGACCAUGGCCUCAUCAACCUACGCAAGUUUCAGAUUCUGGAGAGGCGUUAUCCCAAGGAAGUACAGGACCUUUAUGAUGUCAUGAGGCGCUUUGCACGCGUGGUGGGACCCAUAGAGCACGACAAAUUCAUCGAGAGUCACACCUUGGAGUUCGAGCUGAGGAGGGAGAUCCGCAGACUGCAGGAGUACAGGAGAGAGGGAAUACAGUCCUUCUGCGGUGCUAAAGUGUACGAGAGAGUCAAACGCAUGCGAGAGGACGAGCGCAGGAAGAGGAACAUGCUGUGUGACAUCCUGCAGUACAUUCAUGACUCUCGUGCGUGCCAGCAGUGGCUCCACAAACAGGCUGCCAUUGAUGCUGGAAUCACCCCUGUGGUCACCACUAUCACUACCUCAGGCAGAAGAAGCGCACCUCCUCUCAACCUAACAGGACUGCCUGGCACCGAGAAACUCAAUGAGAGAGAAAAAGAGCUAUGUCAGGUGGUUCGUCUGGUGCCUGGGGCGUAUCUGGAGUACAAACAGGCCCUGCUGAACGAGUGCCGGCGGCAGGGGGGUCUACGGCUGGCUCAGGCCCGAUCGCUCAUCAAGAUAGAUGUCAACAAGACACGCAAAAUCUAUGAUUUCCUUAUCAAAGAGGGCUACAUCAAUAAGGCUUAGUGUUGAUUGAACUGCUGCAGGGACAUCUGAUAGAUGAAGAAUCAUACUCAUUGUGGAUCAUUCAUGUUCAGAAUGAGCAAUGAGAGAUGACAGAUUUUAAGUGUACCGGUUCAAUGUGUUUUUUUUAAAGUCAUUCAUUCCUUACAGAUCUGCACCUGUUUGUUUUUGAACGACUGACGGGGUGCUUCUUUAAAGCUGUGUUUAGGACUAUAUAAGUUGAUAGUUGUGUAUAAAGACUGCUGCUGGUUGGACCGAGGAGAAUCUGAUUACACGUCACUGUAAUAUUAAAAAAUCAUUUUCUUUUUUAUUUGUUCACAUGCCCUUAAAAUUGUCAAUUAAUUUUUGAAUUCUAGAAUUGUUAGAUGAAUAUCACAAGGUCUUUAAAGAACGUUUGAAUCACAAAAUCAAUAUAGAAAUAAGAAAUAUA